GCUCUGAAUGGCAUUGUCCUGGUCAUCACUGCAAACGGCACCAUAUUUUACUGCUCCCAUACCAUCGAGGACUACCUGGGCUUCCAUCAGACUGAUGUCAUGCACCAGAAUGUGUAUGAACUGGUUCAUACAGAGGACCAGCAGGAGCUCAGAAGGAACUUACACUGGGCUCUGAAUCCUUCACCUGCAGAAGCAACUGCCCAGGACUCCCUCCAAGAGAUGGAACCAGAAAGCAGCUCCGCCUUGGUCCCCUAUAAUCCUGAACAKCUUCCUCCGGAGAACUCUUCCUUCUUGGAGAGGAGUUUUGUUUGUCGCUUCCGCUGCCUCCUGGAUAAUUCUACUGGCUUUCUGGCUUUGAACAUCCAGGGCAGGCUCAAGUUUCUUUAUGGACAGAAGCAACAGCAGGAAAACGCAGGAAAAGCCACGCCACAGCUCGCCCUGUUUGCUAUCGCAGCUCCUCUGCAGUCUCCAGCCAUUCUGGAGAUCAGGACCAAGAACAUGAUCUUCAGAACCAAACACAAGCUGGACUUCACACCCAUGGCCUGUGACGCUAAAGGGAAGAUAGUUUUGGGGUAUACCGAGGCCGAACUGCGUGUAAGAGGAUCAGGCUAUCAGUUCAUCCACGCUGCAGACAUGUUGUACUGUGCAGAGAACCAUGUCAGAAUGAUAAAGACCGGAGAAAGUGGGCUGACUGUCUUCAGGCUUCUCACCAAAGAGAACCGCUGGAAAUGGGUCCAGUCCAACGCUCGGCUGGUGUACAAAAACGGAAAACCAGACUACAUCAUUUGCACCCAGAGGCCUCUGCUGGAUGAAGAAGGAGGUGAACACUUGCGUAAGCGCUCCAUGCACCUUCCAUUUACCUAUGCUACAGGUGAGGCCCUGCUCUACCAGUCCAACCAUCCCAUCGCAGGGUUCAUUGACAGGAGCCAGGAGAGGAGCAAGUCAAAGAAGUGUCGUUCUGACAGGCUGGUGAGGGACGGUCUGAACCCGGGCUCCCUGCUCGGUGCUCUCAUGAGUCAGGAUGAAUCUGUGUACGUUUCCCAACCGGCUCCUGAACCCAAAAUGUCUUUCCAAAGCUGCUUCUUUGGAGAACACGACUUCUCCUACUCUGAGAUGKGUGGGCAGCGCAGGAGCUGGAACGACCCUGCUAACGGUCUGGUUGCAGAGCCRAGCACCAGCUUUGAUCCGUUGCUGGCUACUCUGGACUCUUUGUCCUUGGAGACCCAGGGGGUGGUGGAUGCAGAGAAUGGAGGCUGUUCAAACGGUGAGUUGUUUUUGGCUCUGGAGGGUCUGGGACUGAGCGCAGAGGACCUGGAGCUGCUGCUGCUGGAUGAGCGUAUGAUCAAAGUGGAGGUCGAUCCUGAGCACGUGCCCACGUUGGAUGAACUGCUGACAAAUGACGAGAUACUUUCGUACAUCCACGAUUCUAUAGAAGGAAAACCCGACUCCGUGGAGCAUGGGGGACAAUUGACAACAACCAGCACAGCUGUGCCCAUCACCGCAGGACCUGAAAAUAAUCCCACAUCUAGUUUGAAUCUGCAGGUGGCGUUACCUCACUGCAAGCCUCCCAUUCUGCAGCUGUCACAGCAGAUGCAGCAGCACCUGAACGCGCAGGCAGUCAAAGCAGCAAAUGAUUGGCGACAGCACAGUGAUCCGAUGACUCAUGAAGAACUACUGGAUCCUAAUCUACCCRUCCCCAAUGGACAGUGGACAGCUCAGGACAUUCUGGUCACUGCGGGGAUACAACUUGAACCCUUAAAAUCUCAAACGGACGGCGAGCUUCAGCAGCAGCAAACGCAUCAACGCUACCUUCAGCUUCAUCAGGGCUCUAGGAUCCAGAAGCAGUUCUCCCUGCAGGACCCCAGCCAGCAGAAAGCAGGCGGUCUAAACGGACUGUGUGGCACCGUGGCACCGUGGCAGGACUUGGAUUUUGUUGAGAGUAUAAAUAGCAACUCCUUCUUUGAUAACAAACAGAAACUUUAUGCAAACAUGUUCCUAGAGUCAGACACGGACUACAGUGUGCCUGAUAAUGUGGAUUACUCCAUCAGUGCAGGUGCUCUGUUUGAGAAAACUGGACCACAAGACGGGGGUGAGUCCACCGUUAUAUCUUUACCAGAGAUGAACCACAAGCAGCAUCUCGAGCAAAUCCCCGAACCUUUGUCUCAGGUCAUCUCCAGCCUGUCACAACCGCCCACAAACACCUCCCUGGAGGAGAUCCUGGGAGGGAGGAAGCUGGCUCAUAAACUGGACCAUUACAACACAGAGACUUCUGAGAUCAGUCACAACUCUGGGCACAGGAAGGUGGAACAAGGCUGUGCUCCUCCAAACGGGAACAGACCAGCACCAGCGGUCCAGAUGCCUGGUUCUGAGACUUUAAAUGGCCUCCCUGGUCCACAAGACACCGGGUUCUACCUCUGAGAACACGACAGGUCCGAUUGGGCAGCAGGACGAUGUGACGAGACUCAAACGGACAGGAGCAGCCUUUUUACACCCAGAGCAGACAGAGGAUGGUUCUGCUCUGUUGUUCAGAUGUGUUUUCUGAUCAUGAUGUUAGAGAGAGAGACGUGUUUCAAGUCACAUUAUCAUAGAAGUUCUUUGUUUACGGUUAGUUUUUUUUUUUUUUUUGACGCAUAAAGUGUCUUGAAAAAAAGUCUUCACACCUCUUAAAGUUUCUAAAUGUUUACAUCCACGAACAUGCUGAGAUUUGAUGUGAUAAAUAAAACCAGUAGUAGUGCAUAUUUGUGAAGUGGAAGAAAAAUGAGGAAUUGUUACCCAUUGUUUUUUUUUAAACAAAUAAAAUCUGAGAACUGUA